GGGCGGCAGCAGCUGCGGCGGGAGGAAUGCGCGGCCGCGCACCGGGACUUUUAUGGAAACUUGCGGCUGGCGGCGGCGUCCAGGCCCCCUCCGGCCCGCACGGCGCUCAGUGUCUCCGCGCGCGGCCAGGACUGCGCUCGUCCGCGGCUUCGGCCGGUGCAAAAACACACAAAGCAUCAUCAACUUAAAACCACACAGAGCAAACAUGAAUGAUAUUUCCCAAAAAGCAGAGAUUCUGCUCUCUUCAUCUAAACCUGUUCCCAAGUCCUAUGUGCCCAAACUUGGCAAGGGUGAUGUAAAGGAUAAGUUUGAAGCCAUGCAGAGAGCCAGGGAAGAAAGAAACCAAAGGCGAUCUAGAGACGAAAAGCAAAGAAGAAAAGAACAAUAUAUUAGAGAGAGAGAAUGGAACAGGAGGAAGCAGGAGAUUAAGGACAUGCUUGCUUCUGACGAGGAGGAAGAAGGCGCUUCCAAAGUAGAAAAGGCUUACGUCCCCAAGCUCACAGGUACUGUUAAAGGUAAAUUUGCUGAAAUGGAGAAACAACGACAGGAGGAACAGAGGAAGAGAACGGAGGAGGAACGGAGACGCAGAAUCGAGCAGGAUAUGCUAGAAAAGAGGAAGAUACAGCGCGAAUUAGCAAAAAGGGCUGAGCAGAUUGAGGACAUAAACAAUACGGCCACUGAAUCAGGAUCAGAGGAAGGAGAUGACUCGCUCCUAAUAACAGUGGUACCUGUCAAGGCAUACAAAACAUCCGGGAAAAUGAGGAAUUUUGAGGAUCCAGGAAAAGAACAGGAAGACAAAGAAAGGCUUUCGUGUGAGGACGAUAAAAGAAUACGAUACGAAGAACAGCGACGCUCUCUCAAGGAAGCAAAGUGCCUCUCAUUGGUCAUGGAUGAUGACAUGGAAAACCAGGCAAGAAAAGAAUCGCCUUUCCCUGGAAAAUUGAAACUGACUUUUGAAGAACUGGAGCGACAAAGACAAGAAAACCGAAAGAAGCAAACAGAAGAGGAAGCCAGACAGCGCUUAGAAGAAGAGAAACGAGCCUUCGAAGAAGCCAGGCGGCAGAUGGUAAAUGAAGAGGAGGAAAACCAAAACACAGAAAAGAAUUUUAAAAACUAUCGUCCAGGGAAACUCAAACUCAGUUUUGAGGAAAUGGAAAGACAACGGAGAGAAGAGGAGAAGAGGAAAGCAGAGGAAGAAGCCAGGAGGAGAAUAGAGGAAGAAAAGAGGGCGUUUGCUGAGGCGAGGAGGAGCAUGGUAGCAGAUGAUGACUCCCCAGAGAUAUAUAAGACAAUCUCUCAAGAAUCUCUCACACCGGGAAAACUGGAAAUUAAUUUUGAAGAAUUAUUAAAACAAAAAAUGGAGGAAGAAAAGCGACGAACAGAAGAGGAACGGAAGCAUAAGCUAGAAAUGGAAAAACAGGAAUUCGAACAACUGAGACAAGAAAUGGGAGAGGAAGAGGAAGAAAGUGAAACUUUUGAAUUGAGCAGAGAAUAUGAAGAAUUAAUCAAAUUAAAGAGAAGUGGCUCUAUUCAAGCUAAGAGCCUGAAAAGCAAGUUUGAAAAAAUCGGACAGUUGUCUGAAAGAGAAAUACAGAGAAAGAUAGAAGAGGAGCGUGCGAGGAGGAGAGCGACAGACCUUGAAAUUAAAGAACGAGAAGCGGAGCACUUCCACGAGGAGGAAGAUGUUGAUGUGAAGCCUGCAAAGAAAAGUGAAGCUCCGUUUACUCAUAAAGUGAAUAUGAAAGCUAGAUUUGAACAGAUGGCUAAGGCAAGAGAAGAAGAAGAACAGAGGAGAAUCGAAGAACAAAAGUUACUAAGAAUGCAGUUUGAACAAAAAGAAAUCGAUGCAGCAUUACAAAAGAAAAGAGAAGAGGAGGAAGAGGAGGAGGGUAGCAUCAUGAAUGGCUCUACCAUUGAAGAUGAAGAGCAAAGCAGAUCAGGAGCUCCAUGGUUCAAGAAGCCACUGAAAAACACAUCAGUUGUGGACAGUGAGCCAGUCAGAUUUACAGUUAAAGUAACAGGAGAUCCCAAACCAGAAGUCACGUGGUGGUUUGAAGGAGAGAUACUGCAGGACGGGGAAGACUACCAGUAUAUUGAAAGAGGAGAAACUUACUGCCUCUACUUACCAGAAACUUUCCCAGAAGACGGAGGAGAGUACAUGUGUAAAGCAGUCAAUAAUAAAGGCUCUGCAGCUAGUACCUGUAUUCUUACCAUUGAAACUGACGACUACUAGGCUUCCUUCUCCCCUCGGAACUCUCUCUCCCCCCCCAACCUUCUUACUACAUCCAUCUUUUCUGUGGCUGGGCCAAAAAAGGAAACCAGAAGUGCCAAUAGGUUGACUUAAUUCCUUUUCCUAACAGUUUUCAAAACAGAAGCUCAUCUAAAGAUCGCCUUCUUCUCCAAGUGACCAUCAGAUUUGUCACUAUUUUCUGCAAGUCAAUGAAAUGUACCCAAAGGAGGAUGUGAAAUUUACUCCAUUUGAUGAAAAAUACAAGAUGUGUACUUCCCAUUUUAUAUCAGUUGUAUUUUUUAAAGUAUACCUUAUUUUGCGCAAGAGACUGUCAUUUAUGAUCUUUUACACCUAAAUUAGUCUGAAACACUUAAGGUAAUGAAAUUGGAACCUACAAAUGGACUUUUUCAUAGUAGUAUGUAAUUCUGACAGUGGUAGUUUUGGUCUUUUUGAAGCAGGUCUAUUAAGGGGAAACGGCAUGGAUAGAAACAAAAGUAGGAUGUUUAAGAAACUGCCCAACAAAAUUUGAUAGAAACCAGUGUUCUGAAUAUUUAAUAUGUACUAUUCAAAUGUUUAAUAUACAAACUUAUACAACCAACUUUUGUUGUGAUCUUGUUUGAACAAAUUAUAUUUUAAUGAAAAAAGUUUGUAGUAUUAAUAGUUCAUGCAGGAGCAAAGAUUUAACAUCACUGAAGCUUUUUCAGAUCUAAAAGGAUUAGACUUAGAAGUGGUGCAGCCUUCAAUUUAAAAUUCUAGUCUUUAGGUUUGUAAAUAAUUAGCUAUUCUCUCAUCAGGUUGUUUUAUAUUUUAAUUUUCUGAAAGACAAUUUUAUUUUACAAUAUGAAGCCCUUAAUAAAGUAACUUGUGUAUUAAACAGAAAAAAA